AUGCUAAUCAAUGGGCCUAAUCUGACACUAAUAGCUGAGAUGAAGACCAAGCUGCAGCUGAAAUUCAAAAUGAAAGAUCUAGGGGAGCUUAAAUACUUUCUUGGCAUUGAGUUUGCCAGGUCACAGAGAGGCAUCCUGAUGCACCAAAGGAAGUACACUCUAGAGCUGAUUUUUGAGCUUGGACUAGGAGCUGCAAAACCUACAGCAACACCUAUUGAAGCCAACAUCAAAUUGACCACAAAGAAAUAUGAUGAACAUACUAGCAGCUCUAGCGCAACUGAUGAUGAAGUGUUAGCAGACAUCAUCCAGUAUCAAAGAUUACUAGGAAAACUACUCUACCUGACUGUCACAAGGCCAGACAUAGCAUAUAGUAUUCAGACACUAAGCCAGAGUUCUGCAGAAUCUGAGUACAAAAGUGUUGCAUCAACUGUAGCUGAAUUGGUGUGGAUACUUGGUCUUUUCAAAGACAUUGGUAUAAAAGUUGACCUCCCUGUGAACAUCUACAUUGGCAGUAAAUCAGCAAUUCAAAUAGCUGCUAAUCCAGUGUUUCACGAACGAACCAAACACAUUGAAAUAGGCCAUCACUUUAUAAGGGAGAAGAUACAGAAUGGUCUGGAUACAGCUAUUGCUAAAACAGAAGGGCAUGAUCACAAAGAGGUGGAAGCAUUACGAAAAGAAGUUGAAGAGUUGAAGGAGGAACGGAAAGAAGAUCGCAUAAAUUUUAACAAAUUGCAGAGUCUUGUGGAGAAAUUUAUGAGAAGACGUCCAUUUGAUCCUUUGAAUGGAGAGGAUGGCGGGGAUAAUGAGUUUUAG